AUGAAUCCUGAAUCGGUGCUGAGAGCAGGAAAACUAUUCCAAACUUCCUAUGGUGGAGAUGGUGUGGAUUUUAUCGACCAGCUCAACUACCAGUACACCGGAGGUCUAAUGGUGAUAUUCAUUGCGAUCAUCGGUGUUCGGCAAUACGUGGGCCAUCACUUUUGCAGCGUUGAUGAUGGUAGUGACAAUCACGAAAGCUCUGUCGCUGGUCUCGACGACUGCGAUAUCCACGACUACACAUAG